AUGGAUACUACCCCUCCUACUCGCGCUAACACUCCUGAAUUAAACAUGCUCAACGACUCGACGCUUAAUAAGGACGAACACGAUGAUGCGGCUGCUGUGGUGGUUGUGGUGGAAGAUUCUCUGAGGAACGGCGAAGAAGAUAUUUCUGCGCACGCGGAAGAUUGUGGGAAUGGUGGAGAGAAAUGGGAGAAGGAUGCUAAAGAGAAGUGGGAAAAAGAUGGUAAAGAUUGGGAAAAAGAUGGGGAAAAAUGGGAAAAAGAUGGUAAAGAUUGGGAGAAAGAUGGUAAAGAUUGGGAAAAAGAUGGGGAAAAAUGGGAAAAAGAUGGUAAAGAUUGGGGAAAAGAUGGUAAAAAUUGGGAAAAAGAUGGGGAAAAAUGGGAAAAAGAUGGUAAAGAUUGGGGAAAAGAAGGGGAGAAAUGGGAAAAAGAUGGUAAAGAUUGGGGAAAAGAUGGGGAGAAAUGGGGAAAAGAUGGUAAAGAUGAUGAUAAUAAAUCAAAGUGGACUUGGGAUUACGAGAAGAACAGUUGGGUUAAUGCCGAUGGGGAAGUCAGGAAAGAAGGAAAAAGUGAUGAUCCCACCGCGAAUAAACAAGAACAAUCUGGUCUGCAGACUUUGAUAGAAAGAUGGGGAGAAGGAGAGGGAUACUGCCCAGUUCUACCAGAAAUCGAUUGGCAACGAAUUUUGCCAAAAUUUCCGCAAAUUAAUAAGGAAUUUUACAGGGAGCACCCAGUGGUAACUAAUCGCAGUGAGCUUGAAGUUGACGUAUUUCGCAAGAAAAAUAAAAUUCAUAUUGUUGCUGGUGACGACGUGGCGAAACCAGUGACGACUUUUGAUGAGGCUAGUUUCCCUUCAUAUUUGACCAAGAAGUUGCAUAUUUCGUAUCCCAACGGCUCUCCUACUCCGAUUCAAGCACAAGUGUGGCCAGUAGCUUUACAGGGUAGAGAUAUAGUUGCGAUAGCAGAAACAGGCAGUGGAAAAACGUUGGCUUAUCUCCUUCCUGCAAUCGUCCAUUUGAAUAAUCAACCACCCGUGACGAUCCCUGGCGAGCCGAUAGUGUUGGUGUUGGCGCCUACAAGAGAGUUGGCGAGUCAAAUCGCGGAAGAGGUAGUAGUAGUAGUAGUAGUAGUAGCAUUGAGAGUUACGUAUCUUUUUGGAGGAGUAAAGAAAAGGGAACAAGUAGAGCAGAUGAAUCGUGAUGUGCCUGAUAUGAUCGUAGCUACUCCUGGGAGGUUACUUGACAUGAUGUCCGACGGCGGCGUCUGUUUAAGGAGAGUUACUUUCUUUGUGGUGGACGAAGCUGAUCGAAUGAUUUUAUUGGGAUUUUGGAAACAAGUUAAAACGAUAUCCCAGCAGAUUCGUCCGGAUCGACAAUGCAUUAUGUUGAGCGCGACGUGGCCUGAGGAGGUGAGAGAUGUGUCGUUGAAGCUGUGCAGAGAGGAUCCAGUUCAUAUCAAUGUUGGUGAUAUUUCGGAUAAUAUUGACGAUUCGGAUCCUUAUAAUCGCGAGAAGUUGAGAACUGCUCGCAGUGUUAAACAGGUGUUGAUAUUUACAUCUGGGAAAAAGUCGGUUGAUAAUUUGGUGGGAUGUUUGAGACAAAUCGGGUGGCCAGCGGUGGGGAUACAUUCUGGGAAGGAACAAGCGGAGAGGGAAUGGAUUUUCGAUCAAUUUAAGGGUCGAUUGAAUACCGAGGAUCAUUCGAGAGCUAGUCGCGCGGAAGCGGUGAUUCUCGUUGCCACUGAUAUUAUGGCACGUGGAAUGGACUUUGUUAGUGUUCGUUAUGUAAUUAAUUUUGAUUUUCCGGAGUCGUGCGAAGAUUACAUCCACAGAAUUGGAAGGACAGGAAGGGCUGGGCAUCAGGGAAAUGCUUAUAGUUAUUUCUCAGAGAACGAUUUUUGGGUGGCUCGAGAAAUGAUUCCACUACUGAGAGAAUCAAAUGUUGAUAUUCCACCGAUGAUGUUGAAGGUUGCGGAAGACCCUGCGUAUUGGCCGAGGAACGCUAGGAAAAGCGGCUAUGGUGGUUCGGUUGGGAAUAGUUGGAAGAAUGAUGAUGAAUGUGGUAGAGGCGCGAGCGGAGAAAAGUGGAAUUCGAGGAGCGGUGGAAAUUGGAAUGACAAUAAGAAUGGCGGUCGUGGAGAUUGGAAGAACGAUCGUGAUGGUGGCGGUCGUGGAAAAUGGGAAGGAAGAAGUGGAGGAGGAGGAUGGAAGAAUGAUGAUAGUCGAGAGAGUCGUGGAGGUAAUUAUGGAUCCUCUCGAAGUACGUGGCAGUGAUUCUGUCGUUUUGGUGAUCGAUAGGAAAUAAUUUAGGACGCGAUGGCUACUUUCUGCGA